AUGUCUUCUGACAACGACAAUAUCGGGGGAGCGGCACUCGGAGUAUGCUGGGCACUCUCAGCCAUCGCUAUGGUCAUUACCACCGCGCGUCUAUACACCCAAGCACAGAUCACCCGUCAACUUGGACUGAGUGAUGCUCUGCUGAGCAUCGUUCUUACCUUUUCAUCAAUAAUCACCGUCCAGUAUCACUACGGCUGGGGUCAGCACCAGGCCCUUCUAUCUCAACAUGACCGUAUCCAGGCUCUCAAAUAUAACGCAAUUGGACAGACAUUUGGGGUCUUAGGCUCCACCUUUGGUCGUUUAUCGACAAUCACCACCCUUAUCAACCUCUUCGGUAUAACACCAAGGCUACGCGGGGGUCUGUGGACCCUAUUUACUGCACAGUUAGUGACUAAUGUUGUCAUUGUUGUUUGCCUAUACGCACAGUGCACCAAUGUGGUGCUUCUUUGGGAUGAGGGGGCGGGAUCAGGAAGCUGCUGGAAUCCAAAUGUGCAAACUUACUUAGGCUAUGCACAUUCAGCGUUCAACGCCGUGACAGACCUUUUUUUGACGUUCUUCCCCGCGUACAUGAUCCGGAAUUUGCAGAUGAAUACUCGAAGGAAGGUUGGAGUGGCAGUCCUCUUGGGAUUAAGUAUUCUUGCAUUUAUUGCUGUCAUUUUAAAGAUCGUCAAACUAGCAGCUCUAGCCAACAGAGGGGACUAUACCUACAAUACGGUUGCUCUAUUCACAUGGGUUUUGACCGAGGCCGUUCUUCUCAAUAUUGCCGCGUCGGCUCCUAUCCUGCGUCCGUUGUACAAGAGACUUCUUCCCAAGAAACAUUUGGAUUCUUCGUACGAAAUGCACCACAGCUAUGCUGCAAAGAUUCAAGUCUCGCAUGGGCGGACUGGUCCCAGACAUGACGACUCCACGAGCGACAAUGCUGCCAUUCUAAGCAAGGAUUCGCUAACUGGGGAUAAUUACUACCACAUCACGAUAACCCAAUCUUACUCGGUGGCUGUGGGCAAUGCACAUCAUCCGUGA